CGAACGUCCAUCGCGUCGUAAUGUCAAUAUUUUGUUCACUGGGAACUUCUAUGAGCCGUGAGGAUUACGUAGCAUCUUUCGCUAAUUCAACAAGUUGACACCGUAUUUUGAUUUGUUUAUAAACGGGCUUGUUUUGAUUUGUGUGUGCGUUGAAAGUCCUCGCUCGAAUUACGCUGGUUCAAAUUAAUUCAAUUUCCCAUACAAUGGAUCGCGAGGAUAUACAAGUCAAGGUACAGCGUAUGUUGCGCAAACAGAAAUAUAAGCAACUACUGGAGGAAGGUGCCCAGCUUGGGUUGCGUGCCGAAACGGCUGACCCGGUGGCGACGUUCGAAGCGGUAACCCACAUUUUGGAAGCAUCGAAUGUACUGCAGAGCGAAGGACGCAUCAAGGACCGGGCCGAAGCUACCACCGAAGUGUUGAUGGAUGCUCAGGUGGUCAAAAUGAGCCAUGACGUCGUGCACGCCGCGAUGCAGAGAAUGGGAAAUUCGGAGUUUUCCGAUGACGAGCUCGUUGGUGCUAUUUUAUCCAAAUUCGACGUCGAACAGGGAGUCGAAAACUGGGACAAACUGACCCGCGAUGCGGCAGCAAUCUUCCGGAUGAGCAAGCACAAUCAAUCACUGUAUGGAACGUUCGAAUCAGAACCGGAGCCUGCCACCCAAAAGGAGGUGAAGCAACGCGCACAGCGACAGCGCACCGAUUUCGGCCAGGCGAAAAAACCGGACACGGUGGAUAAGUUGCAGCGUCAGGAGAAAAGCGCGCAAAAGUUAAAUCUCAUAUUCAACCAGAUUGUGACACUCUGCGAGCAGCGACGAGCGCCUUUACCGUACUAUGAACUCAUAACUGACCCGCAGGACUUCAUGACAACGGUGGACAAUGCGUUCCAGAUUUCGUUUUUGAUUCGGGACGGCAAGGUGGCGCUGUUGGUUGACGAAAACCACGAGCCACUCGUGAGGCCCACCAGCGAGAAGGAAAACGAACAGGCCCAGCGGAUGAAUGAGACAACGCAGGCCAUUUUGGGGUUGAACCCUAAGAAGUGGAGGGAUAUGAUCGAACGUUAUGAAGUUGACGAACCGAUGCUGAUUUUGAACCGAGACGAAUUGAAUGCGACACAGCUGCCGACGUAGAUGACUCGAGCUUUCCUCAGGUGAGAUGUACAUGAACAAACCAUUCCUUGUGUUAAGUUAUUUAUUGUACGAUUCGGUGCAGCCUAUUGAAAAACGUUGCUUCUCUGUUAAGAUCUUGUUAUUUUUCGAACAAAGGGCAAUAUGUGUUCGGAUACGUUAAGAAUAAACUACAGACUAAC